CUCACUGUAGACAUAUCACACACACAUGCCUUGGCUUGAAGAGAAAAAGGCAGGGGAAUGACCGACACAAGCAGACGAGUGGGAAUUAUCAUGACUGGAAGAUAAAGAGAUUAUUUUAAAAGAGAGACAAACCUUCUAAAAAAGAAGGAAAAAAGAAGAGGACUCUAUGAAAAAAGGACUGCAGGGGGGAGGUGUAGCUGUGGAACUGACCGAGGAGCUUAUUGAAUAGAUAAGCUCAAGAAAAGAGAAAGAGAAGUAUUGGAAAAAAAAUGGAGGAGGUUUUACAGUCUGCAGUCUGGAAAUAAGGACUUCAGAUAAACCAGAGGAGAAAAGGAGCUUCUGGAAUCGUUUGAUAUGGAAUUUAAAUGUGUGUCCUUGGUUUCAUCUGCAUUUAGAAUCUUUAAAGAAGAAUGAUUUUCCUUAAAAUGGCUUCUCUGCUUUGUCUGAUCCUCCUCCUCUUGAUCACAGGAGCUCUUGGGAAUGAAUGGAGUGUGACAUACAGCCAGGGACAUCUCUGUGCUUUAAACAGAUCUACAGUGUUUCUGAACGUCUCGUACACACACCCAACACGUCUUACAGUAAUGGAGUCAUUUUGGUUGAUAGACCCAGUUAAGGAUACACAAGAGACUGAUUUGCGUAAUGAUUUAGGGUACUCAGGCAGAGUGGCGUAUUUAGGAGAUGGACAGAAACACGUCUUCCUCAGACUGAGUGACGUGAAGAAAACAGAUGAGCACAUGUACUGCUUCAGAAUCAGAACAAAUGAAGAAAAAGAAGCAUGGCUUGCUUAUCCUGGAGUUACUCUCACUGUUACAGAUCUUCAGGUGAUCGCUCCUGCAGAAGUGACAGAGGGACAAUCAGCCCUUCUGAUUUGUAAAACCACCUGCAGUCUGACUGAUCCAACAUUCAUCUGGUACAAAAACAGCCGUGAUUUAACCACAACCACCGUCAAAAGCAAUGAAGUCCACCUGCAGUCGGUCAGCAGUGAGGAUGCAGGCAGUUAUAGCUGUGCUGUAAGAGGAUAUGAACAUCUCCCCUCUCCUGCUCACACACUCAGAGUCAGAUAUCCUCCUAAGAAUGUCUUAGUGUCUAUCAGUCCCUCUGGUGAGAUAUUGGAGGGCAGUUUAGUGACUCUGACCUGCAGUGGUGAUGCUAACCCACCUGUGAAGAACUACACCUGGUUUGAGGAGAUGAUAUCAGUAGGAAAUGAAAAGACCUUCACCAUCUCCAACAUCAGCUCUGAGGACAGUGGAGAGUACAAGUGCAAGUGCAGUAAUGAAGUCGGACAUCAGGACUCUAGCAGUGUAACUCUGAAUGUUUUGUAUCCUCCAAAAAAUAUCUCGGUGUCCAUUAGUCCCUCUGGUGAGAUAGUGGAGAGCAGUUUAGUGACACUGACUUGCAGCAGUGAUGCUAACCCACCUGUGGAGAACUACACCUGGUUUAAGGAGAAUAAAUCCUCAGCUGUAGGAUCUGGACAGAGUUACAGAGCUCUACAGAGUGGACAGUACUACUGUGAGGCUCAGAAUAAACACGGCUCUAAAAGAUCAGCUGCAGUGUCUGUCACUUUAAAUGAUGUUAAUAAGUGUGAUUUAAUGCCCCCUGUGUGUGGACCUCAUGGUGUGUGCAUCAACACAAAUGGCAGUUUCGUCUGCUCAUGUUCCACUGGUUUCCGUAACCAAGGCCAGAGCAACACCACUUGUGAAGACAUCGAUGAAUGCUAUGGAGAUCAACAUGUUUGUGGUCAAGGCGGCAACUGUUCCAACAGUGAAGGGAGUUACUUAUGCCAGUGCACGUCUGGUUACAGUAACUAUGGAAACAAUCAGGCUAAAUGCACAGAGUUGAAAUGUUACAACACAUCUAAAAAUGUAGGAACAGUGAUGGAUGGUUUGUUGGAUCUGUUCACCACAAGUUGUGGGUCAUUAAGUGGUUCAUCGAUGGAACGGCGCUCAGGAGAAACCUUACUUCAGAACCUGCUGAAUGUGACAGGUGGUGUGUUAUCAGGUGGGAACCUGAACUCGAGCUCGACUCUGAGUGUGUUUUUUGGAGCAGUGGAGAACACGAUGAGGCUCAUCGCACCUCAGCUCAACAAAAACACAACCAGGAUGGACAACGAGGACACUGAGGCGUGGCUUACAGUCAGAAAGGAUCUGACUCCGCCCACUGGAUCUGUCACACUGGUCACAGACAAUGUGCAGCUUAACACGAGCUGGGAAACUGCAGUGGGUGCAAAUUAUCCAGGUUUUGCAUAUGUGGCGUUGGUCAGUUACAAAAGUCUAAACUCCACCAAAGUGUCGCCUCCAGUCAAAACGGGCGCUGAGACGUCGCACAUAAACACCACCUACCUGCUCAACUCUGAAGUGGUGACAGCGCUCAUCAGUAACACGGACACACACUCUCUGCCUGAGCCUGUCACUCUCACCUUCCGACACAAAAAUGAGAGAGAAGUCUCCAAGGGCUUGAACUACAGCUGUGUGUAUUGGGCUGGAGAUGAAGGUGGAGGGACGUGGUCAGGAGACGGGUGUGUGAAGGCCGUGUUUAACUCCACUCACGCCGUGUGCAAGUGGGAACACCUGAGCAGCUUCGCUGUCCUUAUGGCCCUGUAUCCCAUUGAGGACACGUUUGAGUUGGUAUGGAUCACUAGGGUUGGUCUCACCAUCUCCAUUAUCUGUUUAUUCUUUUGUAUCCUGACAUUCUUGCUCUGUCGCUCCAUCCAUGGAACCCGUACAACCAUACACCUCCAUCUGUGUGUGUGCCUCUUCAUCGCCAACAUCAUCUUCCUCUUCUUCAUAACCAGCACAGAGAACAAGGUCGGUUGUGCAUCGGUCGCAGCACUUCUUCACUUCUUCUACCUGGCUGCGUUCUGCUUCAUGCUGCUGGAGGGAGUGCAGCUCUACCGCAUGCUGGUUCUGGUUUUCCACAUCACGCUCCAUCCAAUGUACCUGUACGCUGUGGGAUAUGGCAUUCCUCUUGUCAUUGUCGUCAUCUCAGCCAUCGCCUUCUUAUCAGGCUACGGCACCGAGCGCCACUGCUGGCUCUCUCUCGAACAAGGCUUCAUCUGGAGUUUCUUUGCACCAGUCUGCAUCAUCGUCCUCCUCAACAGCUUCUUCUUUGUAAUAACAGUUUGGAAACUGGUCAGGAAAUUCUCCAGCCUCAACCCGGAUGUCUCUAAACUAAAACGCAUUAGGGGGUUCGUCCUGACAGCUGUAGCUCAGCUGUGUGUGUUGGGAGGGAUGUGGAUUUUUGGUUGUUUCCUCUUCCAGGAGCAGGGCACUUUGGUGAUGGCGUAUCUCUUCACUCUGUUUAACAGCCUUCAGGGGGCGCUCAUCUUCAUCAUGCACUGCUUAAUGAGCAAACAGGUGAGAGAGGAAUACAGGAAACUUUACGGCAGAGUGUGCAAGUCAGAAAAGAAGAAAUAUUCCGAUGACAGCACCAAUCAGUCCAGCAGCAGUCGGCGGCCUCUGAAGAGUAUUCAAAGCACAGGAGAAUCACAGAUAUGAAGCCGGACACAAUUUCUAGUUUCAUAUGACCUUUUCACAACAGGAGGAAGAUACAUAAGAGCUAUGGAACUAUGGGAACUGACCUACAAAUGCUUAUUUCUUCCAUUCAGCUAAUAGGAACCUACCUACAGAUAAGUGGAACAAAUCCAUAGAAGUGUAUUCAGCGAACUACAAUGGCUGUAAAAAGAGAGACUGUUUAGGUUUCUGUUUUGGCUAAUUAUGGAAAACAUUCUUAACUUAUGUCCAUGGCUAAUAAGAAAGACUUAAGCU